AUGCGUCGAUUCUGUUUUCCGGUUGCUACCUUUGCACAGGCAGCGUUGCGCCACCGCGGAAUCCGCUGGAACACCACGAUGGCCGAUAACGAAUCUCACACAGGGGCGAAAUCCUCUGCAUCUUCGUCAACUCCUUCGGAAGCCAAUGAAAUUUCAGCGAUGGAGCGGGCGUCCGAGGCUCGCAGAGAAAUUCACGACUUGUGGAUGUCUACAGAAAAGAUGCUGGAUCUGGAGAAUCGCGUGCGGUCUGUUGCUUCACUCAUUGAAAAGUACAAGCUUGAUCCCUCGACCCCGCGUGAGAAUGAUGUGAGCCGUGGAUUGGGUGAUGCGUUUGACCGUCUGCUGCUUCUUUGUGUCCCGUUGGGCAAAGAUUCCUCAAAAGGUACGGAUGACCUGGAGCGUCUCAUGAAUCUCGCUGGGCGAAACGGCAGGGAAAUUUCGGUGCGCACCAUCCAGCAUCUUUUUGCUCGUACUGACUCCUUUAGCGAGGCGCUGGCUGUUUUCUACGCCAUGCGUCGAUGUCAUGUGGCAAUGAACAUGGAGGCUUAUUACGCCAUGUUGUACUCAUUGCAGCGACUUGAGGAAGAGGGGUGGGCUCAGCGUUUUCGCGAGGAGUGUGAGGAGAAGGGAGGGGUUUCGGAACAGGCGAUGGACUUUGUAGUGAAGGGUAUCAAUAAUGCUCUUCUUCCCGAGAACAAGCCUUGGCUUGGUCGGGUGAUGUUUGGGGACAGAGACGCACCGGCGCAGCGACGGGAGGCUCGUGAUUAUGAUGAAUUGAGUGCCAUGUGGACUGAACGUUACAGAGAUGGCAGUGCAUUUCCCACAUCACCCUGA